AUUUUAAUAUGAGCAGAAGACAUUAUUCUAACAGUGAAUGUUUGUUUACAUGCUCCUCGUCCCGGCGAGCGAAGAUACUUGAAGAUGUCAAAGGCAGGUGGUAAGAUGAAGGCUUUAAAGAAGGCGGUGGAGAAGGUGAACCACAGUAAUCUCAUCCGCACAAACAUCCCUGCAGGAAUGGCUGUUGCUGGGCCUCCCCUCGGACCCAUGCUGGGACAGCGAGGACUAAACAUUGCAGCCUUCUGUAAAGACUUCAAUGCUCGCACUGCAAACUACAAGAAUGGUGUUCCUCUCCCAUGUAGAAUUCAAGUGCGCUCCGACAGAUCCUAUGAAUUAACCAUACACAAUCCUCCAGCAACAUUUUUGUUAAAGCAAGCAGCAGGAAUUCAAAGAGGAGCCAUGUCACCUGGUCGGGAGGUUGCAGGAAAAGUCUCCCUAAAGCACAUUUACGAAAUAGCCAAGAUCAAGCAGCAAGAUCCACCACUACAGCUCACCCCACUCAAACAGAUCUGCGAGCUCACCAUUGGAGUUGCACAUUCCAUUGGACUGGAGGUUGUCCGAGAAAUAGACCCAGAAGAAUAUGGAGAAUUCUUGAAAAAUCGUACUUCAGUUGUGGAAGAACAGUUAAAAGAACUACAAGAGAAGAAAGAAGCAAAGAUGUUAAGAAAGUAACAUCUAGUAUUCAUCUUUAGAAUUUGGGCUUCGUCCUUUAAAUUUGUGUAUAUAAACUUUUAUGAUGGUGAAUGCACUCAGUUUUUCAUCUCUUACAGUGUAAAUAAUGUAUUUACUUAGAAUUAUUUUCUUUUUUUUUGGGGGGGGGGGGGGGAUUCCACCUUUUACAUUGUUCAAUAUGUUUUUCUUGUUGGUAAAAUAUUGUUACAGAGACUUUCUUAUUUUGUUUCAUCAUCAGGUAUUGAUUUAUUGUUUUGGUUAGAUUUUCUUCUUGUAUCAACUUUUUUUUCUUAAAACAAAAAAAAAAAAUCUACAAGUUUCCCUCUUCUCUCCCAAAAUAUAUGUGACUUCCCUUGGU